AUCGCCCGCUCCGGUCCACCUCACCGCGGCGCCGCGCCCCUUGCGCCCCGACCCCGUCCGCGGUCCCUGGGCAUUGGUUCCCGAGACUGUUGAUCUUUGGAAGACGCCCUACCUCUUUCCGUUUCUUUUGAUGUGGUUUAAUGUCGAGUAAUAUGCAGACUACUGGGCCGCCUCAGCCCCCCAGGCCUCCUAUGAUGGGUUCUGCUGCUCCACAACAAAAUAUGGGACCACCAAUGCCCAUGCAGUUUAGGCCAGUGGGCCCGCCGCAACAGCCUCCUCAGUUCAUGCAACAGGCGCCGCAACAGUUUAGACCUGCUGGUCAGCCCAUGCCAGGAGUUAACAUGGGCAUGCCAGGGCAGAUGCCACAUUUUCUGCAACCUGGGCAACAUAUGCCUCACUCGGGCCAUAUUCCGCCUGCAUCACAGGCUGUCCCUAUGGCGUAUCAGGCAGCUAGACCUAUGUCAUCAGCGCCUAUGCAGCAGCCGCCGCAAGCUGUAUUCCCUGGUGGACAUAUGCCCACCAUGGGCGCUCCUAUGCCGCCUCCUUCUUAUACUUUUCAACCAACAUCGGUUCCUCCUGUAGCUCAACCCUGGGGUACAGCUCCGGGUCAGGGCUUACCUCUUGUGCCACCGAUGGUGCAGCCUGGGCAUCAGUCUCUGUCAGCUUCAUCACCCCCAGUUAGCUCAACUGACCCAAGCUCUUCGGAUUGGCAAGAGCACAGUUCAGGGGAUGGAAAGAAGUAUUACUACAAUAAGAGGACGAAGCAAUCAAGUUGGGAGAAACCUGCUGAGUUGAUGACACCUUUGGAGCGGGCUGAUGCCUCAACUGAAUGGAAAGAAUUUACUACAGCAGAAGGACGAAAGUACUAUUACAACAAAGUGACAAAGCAAUCCAAAUGGACUAUUCCUGAUGAGCUUAAGAUUGCACGUGAAUUAGCAGAAAAGAUAUCAAAUCAACAGCCUGACCGGGAGACCGAAACCACUACUGAUGCCCCUACUGGUUCUGCUUCAGUUCCUGCGGAGCCUUCCUCUUUACCUCCCAACCAGUCUUCAUCUUUAGUUGGAAUAAGUGCUUCAAGCACACAAGAUACGGUAGCAAACUUGCCUCCUGGUGCUCCUCCUGUUGCUGGCCUAUCGCACAAUGGGGAUAUAUCUUCUUCCUAUGGUUCCAUGCAAAAUGGUGGAGCAAGUGCUGCUGCUGUCACCCCUGUUACAUCGAGCAUGGGAGUUUCAUCAGUUGCAAGUGAUGCAGAGACAAGCAGAAAUAACUACGAAAGCUCGUCUCUAACGAGCACUACCGACACCAAAGUUGGAGCAUCUGCUGAAGAUUUGGAGGAGGCCAAAAAGAUGAUGCCAACUGCUGGGAAGGUCAAUGUUACUCCACUGGAGGAUAAAACAAAUGAAGAAGAACCUGUUAUUUAUGCUAAUAAGUUGGAACAAAAGAAUGCUUUUAAGUCCCUGCUUGAAUCGGCAAAUGUUGAGGCUGAUUGGUCAUGGGAGCAUGCUAUGAGAGUUAUUAUAAAUGACAAAAGAUAUGGUGCUUUGAAAACUCUUGGAGAGAGAAAGCAAGCUUUCAAUGAGUACUUAAACCAGCGUAAAAAGAUUGAAGCUGAGGAGAGGCGUGUCAAGCAGAGGAAAGCACGCGAUGAUUUUCUCACAAUGCUGGAAGAAUCUAAGGACCUUACAUCCUCGACAAGAUGGAGCAAAGCAAUAACUAUGUUUGAGGAUGAUGAAAGGUUCAGAGCUGUUGACCGCCCAAGGGAGCGUGAAGAUUUAUUUGAGAACUAUCUUGUGGAUCUACAAAAGAAGGAAAAAGCAAAGGCUGCUGAAUUGCACAAAAGAUACGUGGUGGAAUAUAGAGCCUUUCUUGAAUCUUGUGAUUUCAUCAAGGCAAACUCCCAGUGGAGAAAAGUUCAAGAGCGGCUAGAGGAUGACGAACGCUGUUUCCGACUUGAGAAGAUUGAUCGCUUGGAUGUUUUCCAAGAGUAUAUACGGCAUCUGGAGAAAGAAGAGGAAGAGCAGAGGAGAAUGCAGAAGGAGAAAACAAGGAGACAGGAGCGGAAAAACCGCGAUGAGUUCCGCAAGAUGUUGGAAGAACAUGUUGCUGAUGGCACACUUAAUGCAAAAACUCAUUGGCGUGGCUACUGUGCACAGGUAAAAGAUUCACAUGCUUACCUGGCUGUAGCUUCAAACACGUCUGGUUCCAUGCCAAGAGAGCUCUUUAACGAUGUGAUGGAGGAGCUUGAUAAACAGUAUCAAGAUGACAAGACUUUAGUUAAAGAUGAAAUGAAGUCUGGAAAGAUUCAUAUGACGGCCUCAUGGGCACUAGAAGACUUCCAAGCCGCCGUUACAGAGGAUGAAAAAUGUAAAGGAAUAUCAAACAUAAAUAUUAAGCUUAUUUAUGAGGACCAAAUUGAAAAGCUCAAGGAAAAGGAACUAAAGGAGGCUAAGAAGCGUCAGCGAUUGGGUGAUAAUUUUCUGGAUCUUCUAUACUCAAUCAAGGAAAUAACAGCUGCUUCAACAUGGGAUGAUUCUAAAGCAUUGUUUGAUGAUACCCAGGAGUACAAGGAUUUGGGUGGUGAGACAUAUGCUAGAGAACUUUUUGAAGAGUAUAUUGUCCGCCUCAAAGAAAGGUUUAAAGAGAAAGAGCGCAUGAGGGAGGAGGAAAAGGCAAAAAAAGAGAAAGACCGUGAAGAGAGAGAAAAGAAGAAAGAUAAAGAAAAAGAAAAAGAAAGGAAGGAGAAAGAUCGCAAAGAAAAAGAACGAGAUCGAGAGAAGGAAAGAGAAAAGGAAAAAGGAAAGGAUCGGUCAAAGAGAGAUGAAAUGGAGAUUGAUGGUGAUGAUGUGGAGAUUCAUGGCUCAAAGGAAAAGAAACGGGAGAAGGAUAAAGAAAAGAAGCAUAAAAGACGCCACCAUGACACCACAGAUGAUCUAAGCUCAGAUAGAGAUGAGAAAGAUGAGUCGAAGAAGUCCCGAAGGCAUAGCAGUGAUCGCAAGAAAUCUAGGAAGCAUACCCAUGCUUCAGACUCAGAUACUGAAAACCGGCAUAGAAGACAUAGAAGGGACCGAGACAGUUCCCGCAAGAAUGGUGUAAAUGAGGAGCUUGAAGAUGGCGAGCUUGGAGAAGACGGGGAGAUUCAUUAGGCCUUCCUUUCACCUCCAAGAUUGUCAGUACUUACUGCCCCCUGUCAUGUUGUCCAUUGGUACUAUUUUGAUUUGUUCUUACCUAGCAUCAACUCUGCUUCAGAACUUACCAGUGUUACAAUUAUUGAAACUAGUGUUACAUUA